CAAGUCCUGUCUCUGUUAGAAUUUGGGAGCAGUGAGACCGGGCGUUCGGUCAGAAACAGGAGCUCCAUGAGUCAAUGACUGUCUCCAUAACUCUCCUCAAUGGUUUAUCAGUGUUGUGGGACGCAGGCUGCUGAAGUAACUCUUCUUGCAGAGUUACAGUGCCAGUUGUCCCAGUGAUGCAAGGCGGCAUAUAACAACAAAGCAGACAUGUGGACCCAAGGCUGAGGCUCGGGGGCUCCCGACUACUCUCUGCACCGCACAGUUAUAUUGCAGUUCCACCUGUAAAGAUGACAUCUGCCACACCUCCGUCCUCUCGUAGCUCCUCCCCUCAGAAGGUGUGCCACUCCCAAACACAGACCGAUGUUUUAAAGCCCUUACUGGGUGGUGGCUUAUCCGGUGGGGGAGGGACUCUGAGGAAGAGGAGGCGUGUCCUAUCCAAAGAUGGGCGUAGCAACGUGCGCAUCGAGCACGUCAACGGCCGAAGUGCUCUGUACAUGCGGGACCUCUGGACAACAUUUCUGGACAUGCAGUGGCGCUACAAGUUGUUCCUGUUCACUGCCACGUUUGCGGGGACCUGGUUCCUGUUUGGGGUGCUGUGGUAUCUGAUGGCCCUGGUGCACGGAGACCUGCUUGAAUUCGACCCCCCGUCGAACCACACCCCCUGUGUGAUGCAGAUGCAGACCCUGACGGGGGCUUUCCUCUUCUCCCUGGAGACCCAGACCACCAUUGGUUAUGGUUUCCGUUGCAUCACUGAGGAGUGUCCCGCAGCCAUCAUCCUCCUCAUCGUCCAACUCGUCAUCACCAUGCUGAUGGAGAUCUUCAUCACUGGUACCUUCCUGGCCAAGGUUGCUCGGCCAAAGAAGCGAGGUGAGACAGUGAAGUUUAGUCAACAUGCAGUGGUGUCGACCCACGAAGGCCGGCCCUGCCUGAUGAUCAGGGUGGCCAACAUGCGCAAGAGUCUCCUGCUCGGCUGUCAGGUAAGUGGAAAACUGCUCCAGACAUCUCUGACCAAGGAAGGGGAGACGGUUCGCCUGGACCAGAGGAACGUUCCCUUCCAAGUGGACACAUCUAGCGACAGCCCCUUCCUCAUCCUGCCCCUCACCUUCUACCACCUCAUUGAUGACAACAGCCCCCUGCGAGCCUGGGCAGACAAGGGUGGAGGCUGGACUGAUCCGGAGUUGGCAGACUUCGAGCUGCUGGUCAUCAUGAGCGCUACAGUUGAGCCGACCUCGGCCACCUGCCAGGUUCGCACCUCCUACCUGCCGGAUGAGAUUCUCUGGGGUUAUGAGUUUCCACCUGUAGUCUCCCUUUCCCCAUCGGGGAAAUACAUAGCGGACUUUGCCUUCUUUGAUAAAGUGGCCAAGACCAAGACCACGCCCAUCUUCAAAAAAUCCAGCCCCCAGCAUGAGUACCAUAGCAACGGGGGUGCUGUGUCUGAGGGGUCCGAUCCGGAGAAGAUCCGUCUGGAGCAGAGUUACAGGGAGAGAGGGGAGGAGCGUGGCCGUGUCAGAGACACUCCUCUCAGUGUUCGCAUCAGCAAUGUGUGAACAAAUGAAAUGGCUGAGAAGGGAGCGUGCCAGGAGAAAGCAGGAGACAGCAGGAGACAUCAUCAAAACAAAUCUGGAGACUGUCUCUUUGACUGUUUUAACUUUUGGAUGAUAUCUGUGCCCUAGUAGCACCAGAUGAUGCAGAACGCAAAUAUGGACUAUGAGCAUAGCCUACUGUAUGGUUUGUCAUUGUUAUACAUUUCAAGGGAUGACUCAUGUUUUACACUGGUUUGACUGUGUUCAUGUCACGGCAUAACUGCAGCUGUGCACAAGCACCUCCCACUUUAGGGGAGGGUAUCGAUACUCAAUCCCUUUAAGGUAGUAAUUGUAGUAUCCCAGUACUAAGUAAUGUUGAAACUUCUCUCUGGUCAAAUAAUGCCGACAUUUGAUCCUUUUUGUACCCAGAUCUAUAAAAAAAAUUGUAUGUGUAUUGUUUUUCUCACAACCAACCACCACAAGCAUCCUUUAUUGUAUUGCAGCUUGUGAUUGGCCCUCUGCUGGAGCAGCUAUGGAAGAUUUGUGUCACACACAACUGGAUACUUGACACAGGCAGUAGAAAAAGCUAUCAAGGGAAGUCUAGUGGUCUCCGUAUCACUUUAAGGGAAGUGGUAUUGUAAUUGUUUUUAUUGAUGUCCAGUCCUGACAAAUAUAUUGUAUAUACUUUUCUAACUAAGAAAAUAACACAUCUGGUUGUUUAUUUGCAAAGAAAUACACAAAAAGAUUCAAAACUCAAGUAAACGAGCAGAGGAGACAGUGGAAACCCCAGUUGUCUAUUUUGGGCCCUCCCCACGCUAACUGAAUGUUGAAUCACAAAGAGAAAACGUUAUAUACAUAGGGUUUUCCAAUUUCAGUUAACAGGGGCUGUAAGGUUUGUGUGAUAAGGGGACAGGAAACACUCACAGACAGGGUAAAACCUUCUAUACUUCCUCUUAAAAUGUGUGUUUGUUCUAGACAUUUAGAAGUCAUAUGAUGUUUUUGUUACUGUAAACAACACCAAUGAGUAAUGCUAUGUCAGUUCGUCUUCUUCUAGGACUUAAAAAAAACCUCCUACACCACUCUGUUAGCAACAGCAGAUACUGAUAUUUCCUGUUGUAAAAUGACGGAAGUUUUUGAAACAUAACCAACAUGACAUGUAUGUGUAUUGUAAAUAGCAAUGUAGUCUAAUAUGUUAGCUAAAGCACUUUCUGUUAAACUAAUGUAGCAUUACAACUGGAAAAUAGACAAACUUCAGAUGAAUGUUCUGUGUUCAUGGUGCUCUGUGCUGAAACUCUCGAUGGUGUGAGCAUUUCCUGUACAACUGUUACUGCUGUUUUACAGAACGUUAGCACUUUAUGGAAGUACAUGAUGUACGUCUAGCACCUUAGGAAGAUUAGCUUAGGAAGAUAUAUUUUAAUGACACUAAAAGAACUUACACAAUGAAAUAUAAUGAAAGCAGUUAGAAUAGACUUUAAAACAGAUGCUUUCUUCCUACAAAACUAAUUGCAGUUUCUUUCUCUCCGUGGCUUUAAGGAAACUGAUUGACUGAUUGACUGAAAUGACAUCAUGUCUUCUGAUCAUACAUGCAUAUAAAUGCCCAUGAGGUUAUUGUGGGUUGCAAAUGGUACUGUAAACAUCAAAGAAGCUCUCCUUUCUGUGUAAAGAGGGAACAUUCUGCAUGUCCAUAUGCUUUUUGAGUUACUAACAUUGUUGAAUAAAAACAAACAUUUUAUCCCAGCCCCUUUAUAUUUCCGGUCUAGAGGACAGGAACAUUGGGGAGGACCAGAGGUGAGUGCUGAGAAUGGGAACGUGAUGUAGGAGGUCACUGAUAAUGAUUCUAUAUGUGAUGGUGAAGUGUGACAAUGAUGAAGCAAGGAUGCAAAUGAUGGUUAUGAAUAUGUUGGAAAUUGAACUUCUGGUAUUUGUAACAUUUUCUGAAAUAACAUUAAGCUCUGGAAUGUUAAUAGAUUUAAAGUGCAGAUGGAGAGAUUGAAUUAGACAAUUCUUUCCAAAAUAUGUGGUUUAAUAAAGAUGACUAUGAGUU